ACUGCUCACCCCAACUUCAGCUAUUUAUGCAACUCUCCACCAUUCAUUUCCUUCCAAGAAGCAGCUCCACACCAUCCACUUCCCUUCUUUCACAAUGAAAUCCUUUUGCAUUGUAUUCUGCCUGCUUACAACGACAGCCGCCAUCCGUCUCACAUCUCAGACAAACACAGACACUCCUUCCAUCAUCAUCGAUGGAGGGCAGCCCAAAAGAAAUCUGAUCUCACCACUCGAUGGUCAGCGGCCCACAAAAGAACAAAGUUCAACGGCAUCCAUCUCUUCCCAAGAUAAAGGCAAGAAGAAAGAGGUCAUCAAAGCGGGGAUGGAGAUAUCCAACGAAGUGUAUUCAGCCCAAGGAGAAUUCGACGGCGACAAUGAAGGAGAAGGGCUCAUUUACAAUGUGGAUUACCAUGGAGUAACGACACAUCCAUCACCGUCGCCCAAACCAAAGCAUCCUCAACCAUAGCAUUCACCGUCGAUGGGAUAAGAUAUAUAAAUAUCGUUAUUCCUGUCAUGUAUUAUUUUUCUUUCCUCUAUAUUAAUGUACUAUACAAUACUUACUACAAGGGUAUGGAAUUACUCAUCGCAGCUCGACCUUAGCUUCUGUUUUCA